CAUUAUGGGUAAUCGAUCUUUUCCCCCUUUCCCGUGCUGUCGUGAAGGUGCAACUUUUUUGGUCGGGUCUGAAUCCAGACCCAUCCACACCUUCAUAGACCUUACUUUCGACAUUUUUUGGAACCAAACUGAAGAAACAUGCCUCCCAAGUUCGAUCCUACCGCGAUUCACAUCGUGUACCUGAGGGCUACAGGAGGAGAGGUGGGCGCCACGGCUUCCCUCGCUCCCAAGAUUGGACCACUGGGACUGUCUCCCAAGAAGGUUGGAGAUGACAUAGCGAAGGCUACCCAGGACUGGAAGGGUCUGAGGAUCACAGUCCAGCUGACCAUCCAGAACAGACAGGCUAAAGUGUCUGUUGUUCCAUCAGCCUCCUCACUCAUCAUCAAGGCUCUUAAGGAACCACCAAGGGACAGGAAGAAGCAGAAGAACAUUGUACAUAACGGUAACGUGAGUUUUGACGACAUCGUGGACAUCGCCCGUCAGAUGCGGCCGCGCUCCAUCGCCCGUAAGCUGGAGGGGACGGUGAAGGAGAUCCUGGGCACGGCGCAGUCUGUGGGCUGUACGGUGGAUGGGCUGCCUCCUCACGAUGUCAUCGACAAGAUCAACGAGGGAGAGUACGAGGUUCCAGAGGAAUGAGUGGCCGCCCUUCUCUAUGUGACAAGUUGACCAACAGGCUGGAAAAAUGUCCCACCAUUCUUGUCGGCUAGUUCCAAGAGAACAUUUCAAUAAAGGGCCUUCAGCUGCCUUCCUCAACA